AUGAGUGCUCUUCUGCCUUUUCGCGACAUCAAUGUCCACGCUUCUUCCACCCACUAUGCCUUCUCGUCUCCCUCAUCUCCUUCCGCUCCUACCCUUGUUGUAGAGCGUCCGUCUGGUGAUAUCCGUCUUCACGAUGGCAAGCUUCUGGGUGGUCAAAGAGUUACGAGUAUCCAGGGUAUUCUCGGAAUUAUCAGUUUGCGCCUCGGUAUGUUCUUUGUUCCUAUUCGACCUCAUUCAAUGCUCAUAUCCUNNCUAGACAAGUACAUCGUUGUAAUCACAAAGGCCCAGGCUAUGGGCAGGAUCAAGGGCCAUCAGAUUUACAGGGUUGUCGCUACUGAAUUGCUGCCUCUUCGUGAAAGACAAGUUCGCGAUCCUGAUGAGGACAUUUACCUCGGACUGGUCAACACCCUGCUCAAGAGCAGCCCAUUGUUCUUCUCAUACACCUUCGAUCUCACCAACAGUUUCCAAAGACAAGCCGAAAUCGAUCAAUCCUCUCCCAUCUGGGCAAGAGCUGAUGAUCGCUUCUUCUGGAACAAAUUUAUUCAGACUGAUCUAAUCAACUUCCGCCAAGGUCAAGGAGCUCGCCGCCAAAAUGUUGGUCCUCAACCCGCUAUGGACCCUUAUAUUCUGCCCGUCAUGUACGGUAUGCUCAGAAUCACCAACACUUCGGUCAAAAGUGCACCCAUGACUUUCAUUCUCAUCACUCGUCGUUCAAGACACCGCGCUGGUACCCGCUACUUCUCCCGUGGUCUGGACGAGCAAGGACAUGCUUCCAACUUCAACGAGACCGAACAGAUUGUCAUACUGAACGAUGAUGCUUCGAGUGGAAUGACUACCUUUGCUGGCGACGGUGGUUUCUCCAACAACAAACUCCCUGGUGGAGAGACUCAAGUCUUGUCAUACGUCCAGACCAGAGGCAGUGUUCCCGUUUACUGGGCCGAGGUCAACACCCUGAAAUACACUCCCAAAUUGCAAAUUAGAGGGGUUCAAUCUGCUGUGCAUGCAGCAAAGCUACACUUUGACGAACAGAUCAAGCUGUAUGGAGAGAACUACCUGGUCAAUCUUGUCAACCAAAAGGGCCGUGAGCAGAAAGUCAAGGAGGCAUAUGAAGAUAUGGUCAAACUUCUCGUAUCGAACCCUGCAGAGGAUACCGAAGCCGAUCGCACAACAAGGGAGAAGUUCCACAUUCUCGAGCCUCAAGGCGGCCGACAUGAGUUUGACAAGUUGCACUAUGUCUACUUUGAUUUCCACAACGAAACCAAGGGACUGAAGUGGCACCGUGCACAACUUCUUCUUGACCAGCUCAAGGAUGGUUUGAUGAAGGGAGAGUACUUCCGCGGUGUUGACAAGCCUAGCGGUGGUGUGCAAGUAUUGAGCCGCCAAAGUGCUGUCGUUCGCACCAACUGCAUGGACUGCCUGGAUCGCACCAACGUGGUUCAGUCCAUGCUUGGCCGUUUCACUCUUUCUCGCAUGUUGACCGAUGUUGGUAUCUUGAAGGCUGGAGAGAACGCUCAGGAAGACGCUGCGUUUGAGCAUCUGUUCCGCAAUGUCUGGGCAGACAAUGCAGAUGUGGUCAGCAAGUCUUACUCGGGUACCGGUGCUCUCAAGACAGACUUCACCCGUACUGGCGAAAGAACGCGUGCCGGCGCCUUGCAGGAUUUGAACAACUCAAUCACCCGCUACGUGUGCAAUAACUUCCUCGACGGACCCAGACAGGACGCCUUUGAUCUAUUCCUCGGCACCUAUGCACCCGAUCCUUCGGGCUUGGGCUCAGCACACCAGUUUGCGGACACUAGACCGGUGUUGGUCCAGUCUUUGCCGUACAUUCUGGCUGCCUGCGUCUUCUUCGUCUUCAUCUCGCUUUUCACACGUCGCCUGCCGGAUGCUACUGUAUGGCCGUUGAGAAUCUUCGUUCUCAUCUGUGUCAUUGGUGCUGCAUGGUCUGGUAGAUUCAUCACCUCGCAUGGAGGUCUUUACGUAAGUAGCCGUACCUUGGGAGGUUCGAGAGACAAUGCUAACCAAUAUCAGGUCAACUGGCCAAAGCUCAACACACCAGCACAUGCUCUUGAGAGCUACCAAGAAAGUCUUGAGCGAGUCAGUAGAGAUCCUCUUCUGGGAUCCAUGGUUUCCAAGCACGGUCGCGGCAAGAGCGAUGCCAGACUUGGAUACAUGGAGGAGGGCAAGAAGCGUAGAGAGUAA